AUGAGCAAGACAACCACCAACCAAGACCUGGACUCCAAGGAUCGCAGCAGUUCCAGGGUGAUGCAGCCUCCAGGUGGUGAAUCCAGUAUCUCAUUGGGGCUGGAGGAAAAUGCCAAACCAGUGCAUUCCCGUCCAAGCAAAACCGCAUCCAAUAUCUUUGGGCCACCAUUGCAAAAUCAACCUGUGGCUAGAAGAAGGAACCCGCCAGGUGGAAAAAGUAGUGGUAUCUUUGAAGCAGCUACCACUGAAACACCUGAUCGAAAGCAACGGAGAAAUCCUCCUGGUGGCAAGGCAAGUGGCAUCUUUGACAUUGUGGAAAUACCUCCCAAAACUCCGGAUAUCGCAACUGGGAAAGGUGAAAAUAGCUCAGGUUCCUCCGAAACUGAAAACCAAAUGGAAGCCCAGGGAAAGAAAGGAGAGUGUGUGCCUGGGCCAGUAGAGUCUGCUCAAACUGAACCAGUAAGGCGCAAGAGAGUCCCACCUGGUGGAUGGUCUACCAUUGUGCUGGGGUAA